AUGGGUGUGACGACUUCGGCGGGCUCAGCAAGGCUGCUACAGCUGGACGAGCAAUGGCGGAUAUGUGAUUGGACCGAUCUCGAUAUUGCGAACACCUUGGAAGCGUGGUGUAUUGCAUUUGCUCCUUCAGGCAGGGAACUCGCGUCUUCCGGUCAUACCACUGUCUACUGCGGUGGCGACGAUUCAAUACUGCGGUAUACUACUUCAGCCUACGGCUUGUACCCGCGGGCCACCGAGGACGUGGAGGUGGCAGCUCAGCCAUCCAUACUCAAAAACCAGCAUAACGCCGGAGUGACCGCGAUAUUUCCAUUAGAUGCUUUCGAUGCAGAGGGCAGCCGCCUCGUGAUCACCGGAAGCUACGACGAUAACAUUAGGCUGUUCGCCGUGCGCGAUCCCGACCCGGCGGCCUUUACGAAACGAGCAGAGUUACUGGCUGAAGAGAAUCUGGAGGGCGGCGUCUGGAGACUGGAUCUUGUACACGCGAACGCUUCCGCAGAGUGUCCGAUUUUUUGUGUCCUGGCAUCGUGCAUGUACGCAGGGGCCCGCCUGGUACAAUUCGCAAGAGACAAGCAAGGCAUCUGGCAAUGUGACAUUGCAGCAAAAUUCGAGGAACACCAGAGCAUGAAUUACGGGUGCGCAUUUGUGCUGGGAAGUGAGGGUGAGAAGUCCUUGCAGUGCGUAUCAACCAGCUUCUACGAUAAGAUGAUAUGUCUUUGGGAUGUAGAGCUCAAGCUUGAAUGUUGA